AUGCCCAUCCCCAGCAAGCACCCCAACAUCGGCCGCUCGCAGAGCUGGGACGCUGCCGGCUGGUAUGAGGGGAACUGGGAGAGCGAGAACGCCUUCGAGUACCAGAGGCCACCGGGCCGGAGGAGCUCCCUGACCUACGGUGGUGAGGGCAGCUGGUACGAGCCACCGCGGGCAAAUGAUAUCAUCUUGCAGGGCGGUGCGGAGCUGAAGCAAGAGGCGUACCCGUACCAGGAUGCCACCUUCGCUUCAGGGCCCCUGAGGAAGGGCUCUGUCCCUGACUUCGCCUACUGCGAGCGGCCGGCGCCCAUGGCGGCCCGGGGCUCUCUGCCGCCCCAGGAUUAUUACAGCGACCCGUCGCUGUCGGCGAGGUCACCCAAGGACCCUCGCUGCUACCGCGACCACGUGGCAGGCAGGCCGCUGGCGAGCUAUGGGGCGCCCGGCAGCCGGCUGUCCUGGGACCAGACCGCAGCGCGUCCACCUGCCCCACCAGAUACCAGCCGCCUCUACAGAGACCCCAAACUGGCCCUGGAUGGGCAGAGGCUGCGUGGCAGAGAUGUCUCCCCAGCGUGGUACGGCACGGAGCCCCCCGGCCCGCGCUACGCCGCAGAGCCACCUGCCUUCCUCAGCAGGCCAGGCUACAGCGAUGGGGCAGAGCGGGCUCCUGAGGUGGCAGCAGCCAGGCAAGCUGCCCCCACCUGCCUGGUGGUGGAUCCCAGCACCAGCACCGGCAGCAGCUACGGGCCAGGCAGGGAGAGCACCGGCGCCAAGGGUCCCUACGACAGCUACGAGGCGACGGUGGCGACGCCUUCCCACCCGCCGGUGCCGCCCGCCUUCCCCGGGCCGGAGGGCAAGAGAAGCUUUGACCCCGAGUUUGUGGCGCUGCUGCGUGCGGAGGGCGUCUCGGAGAGCACCUUUGCUGCCCUGCUGCAGCAGGGCUUCGACUCCCCGAACCUGCUGGCCAUGAUGGAGGAGAACGACAUCAAGUCGGUGGCACCCAACCUGGGGCAGGCCCGCGUGCUGUCCCGCAUCGCCCACAACUACAAGGCAGAGAUGCAGCUGCAGAGGCAGGAGCGCAGGAGCGGGGCACUGCGCCCCAGGACCCGCUCCAACAGCUUCAGCCAUCGCAGCGAGCUCCCGGCAGAAUACGGGGUGCCCACCGUGGAUGGCCCUGGCACCUCGCAGCACCCACCACCGCUGCAGCCGCUGUCCCCAAGAGGUGUAGAGAUACACCGCCGGCCGUCCAGCGCCCCGACCCAGCACUUGCUGGAGACCACCACCUACCCGGCCCCCGCGGGGGCUCCGCAGGGGCCGCACUUCCUCCCCGGUUCGGGAUACAACACCCCCCUGCCUUGCAGCACUCACCCGCGUCCCGCCUCUGCCUACUCUGCUCCCGUCGGCUUGCCCAUGACGGCGGCCAACCCGCACGCCAGCCCCAAGACGGCGUACCCCACCACCUACACCGUGCCCAUGGAGCUGAUGAAGAGGGAGCGGACAGCGGUGGCGUCACCGGCACCCAGCCCCCACAGCAGCCCCCAGCUCCUCCGCCGGCCGGGGACAGCAGGGGACGGUGGCCUGGCACCCACAGGGCCUGCCUUCCCUGCCCAGCUGUCCCCGUACCCGAAGCUCAGCAGGCGCACGGGGCCCCCCGUCAUCGUCUCCACCAUGGCGUCGCCUGAACCAAGUAUCCGCCCGCAGAUCAUGAACGGCCCCAUGCACCCCCGGCCCCUGGUGGCGCUGCUGGACGGCAGGGACUGCACCGUGGAGAUGCCCAUCCUGAAGGACCUGGCCACGGUGGCAUUCUGUGACGCACAAUCAACUCAGGAGAUUCACGAGAAGGUGUUGAAUGAAGCCGUGGGGGCCAUGAUGUACCACACCAUCACCCUGACCCGGGAGGACCUGGAGAAGUUCAAGGCCUUGCGGGUCAUCGUCCGAAUAGGCAGCGGCUACGACAACAUCGACAUCAAAGCCGCUGGGGAGCUCGGAAUCGCCGUCUGCAACAUCCCCUCGGCCGCCGUGGAGGAGACGGCCGACUCCACCGUGUGCCACGUGCUCAACCUGUACCGGCGGAACACGUGGCUGUACCAGGCGCUGCGCGAGGGCACGCGGGUGCAGAGCGUGGAGCAGAUCCGGGAGGUGGCCUCCGGAGCCGCCCGCAUCCGCGGAGAGACGCUCGGCCUCAUCGGCUUCGGUCGCACUGCACAGGCGGUCGCGGUCCGAGCCAAGGCCUUUGGCUUCAACGUGAUCUUCUAUGACCCGUACCUGCAGGACGGCAUCGAGCGCUCCCUGGGCGUCCAGCGGGUCUACACCCUGCAGGACCUGCUCUACCAGAGCGACUGCGUCUCCUUGCACUGCAACCUUAACGAACACAACCACCACCUUAUCAAUGACUUCACGAUUAAGCAGAUGAGGCAGGGAGCGUUCCUGGUGAACACGGCCCGCGGGGGGCUGGUGGACGAGAAGGCCUUAACCCAAGCCCUGAAGGAGGGACGGAUACGAGGGGCCGCACUUGACGUGCACGAGUCGGAACCGUUCAGUUUUGCUCAAGGCCCAUUGAAAGAUGCUCCCAACCUGAUCUGCACUCCCCACACAGCCUGGUACAGCGAGCAGGCGUCCCUAGAGAUGAGAGAAGCUGCUGCCACGGAAAUCCGACGUGCGAUCACAGGCCGCAUCCCAGAAAGCCUAAGGAACUGUGUGAAUAAGGAAUUCUUUGUCACGACGGCCCCGUGGUCAGUAAUAGACCAGCAGGCGAUUCAUCCCGAGCUCAAUGGUGCCACGUACAGGUAUCCCCCAGGGAUGGUCAGCGUGGCACCGGGAGGAAUCCCAGCAGCUAUGGAGGGGAUCAUUCCCGGAGGCAUCCCUGUCACUCACAACCUUCCCACAGUGGCACAUCCUUCCCAAGCUCCAUCGCCCAACCAGCCCACAAAACAUGGGGACAACAGGGAACAUCCCAACGAGCAAUAGCAGAGAAUUUAAAAACCAUUCAAUAAACUUAGGACCAAGAGACAUUGGAAAAGAAGUUAUACAUGAACUAAAAGAGAAGAAUUUGAUACGAAAUUUGUAAUGUUGAUUUUGGACAGACGCAUCAUUGAUGUUCCAGUGUUCCCGACAAAGUGACAGCAGCCAAGACUGGGGAGAAGCCCUGGAGAAGUCACCUGCUCCCUGCAGUGCUGAAAACUAGGAUGUGAUACGUUAAUGAGCAACUUCUGUUAUUGUGUGUUGAGUUUCCUUCAUCUGUGCAUCAAUCACAUGAAUAAAAAUGAAUUUCUUUUCCCCCCUCAAUUCCUUGGGAAGGACAGGGCUCCUGCACUGUGUCCAGGCCACUGAAUUAAGCCAUCUUUACUGAGUUCACAAGAAACCAUUGUGUGGCUUCAGCCCUUUCCUUUCUCUUGCAUCUGGUGACCUCUCCUAACGGGGGGCAGCAGUCCUGGCUUAGAAGUGGAAGAAAAAAAAAGAAAAUCCUCCUCCUCCUCCUUUUUGCAGUCUCACAGGGCCAGUGCCGUGUAACAGAAGUUCUCCUGCCAGGUCUAAGUUCCAGCCAUUCCAGCCGGGAUCUGUGGGAUGGGGAGGGCAGAAAGGGCUCCUGGCACUGAGCACUGCCCUCCCAGGCUAAGGAAAACCAAACUGCCAGUCUCUUCUCUGCCCAGUACACUGAAUAAAGUAGCUGUGCAUCCACCUACGCCCUGCAAUGAUGCAAGAAAAACUGAAAGAAAAAAAAAGAAAAAAAAAGGAAAAAAAAAAAAGAAGAAAGUAUUAAGUUUCACACACUAUUUGUACUCAAAUAUAUUUUCUCAGUUUUAAAUCUGCAGCUAUUUUAUCAAGUGGAAAAAGUCUUGAGCUGGAAAGGGUUCAAGAAUAAUGUUGCAUUUCCUUAUGUCUCAGGAAACACUUUUUAUGGUAACUUGUCAGACUGUCUAUGAACAAAAUCCACUUUUUUAGACAUUGAUAAAAGUCUUCUUUUCUUCACGUGAUAUUUUAUACAAGAACACUUCAAGAUGUGUUAUUAGAUGUGACUGAUUUUAACAAAUCCUAUUAGAUUUGUAUCAACUAGUUACAUGUUAUAUUCAUAGUCUUUUGUGAAUCAUCGCCUUUUUGUUUUUAAAGAUGGCCUGUUUUGAGCCUUUGUAUGGGUACAUUCCUGUUUCUGUGACAAAAAAAAAAAGAAAUCUUGAGCUGUCCCAAACAGACAAAAAAAGAAACCAAUGGCUAUCAGUAUGUUUUGUUUUAGUGUGUUACCGUUACUGUAUUUGUUUAUUGUAAAGGUGGACAUUUAGCGUUCAGUGCAGUUUUCAAUAAAAAGUGAUAAAAUUUCUAUAAUUUCUGAAAGGCCAAGAGCUCUCGCUGCAGUCUGGGGCUUGGAGACACUGAGAGGUAACCAUAAGGUACAGAAACAUAAUUCUGAUCAUAUUUGGUGAAUAUGUACAGUGGGAGGGGAAGGGCCCUUCCAACUCAGACCAUUCUGUGAUGAAGUGAUCACUGUGGGUUUCCACUAAGCUACAAAGGCAGCUACAACUCAAACUAACAUUUUCUGUACAUUUUCAAGAGCUGAAGCAUUAUCAAACCAUUGGAAAAUAAAGCCCAAAAAAGUGUUCAGGAGGUGCUGCUUGAGCCUCACUGGGCAGAAAGCCUGUUCUUGUUUCUACCCUUCUUUCCCACUGUGUUCAAGUGCCACACACAUGGAGUUAGAUGGAGUUAGACGGGGACUAAAAAAAGCUGAAACCAAAGUGUCCAAGUUACAAAACUCUGUAUUUUGUUUGCUUUAAAUUAAACUGAAAACUUGGUUACCAGCUUCAAACAUCCACAAAAGAGGUCACCUGUUACAGAGGGAUGGCUCCUUGUCAGUGCUUAGCACAGCCCAGUGGCGAGUUAUCCAUGACCUCUGCGAGAAACUGGGAUAAAACAGGUCAGAUAUGGGGAGAAGUGUUUGGGAGACACUGAAAUGACCAUCAAAACCAAGAGGAAAACAUUUAAUUGAUGUUAAGGUUUAGAGUUGUUUUAAAAAUAAACGAGCCCUGGUACUUUGUUUCUCAAUAAUCCAAUAACCUCCGUGCGCCGCAGGAUCCGUGAGCCAGCAGUGACUCCGAGCUCAGAAAAUGCUGGAGCUUUCAUCCAACACCCAACUUCCCUUUCAGCCAAAACCAAGGACAGAAGUGCCACAAGCUCAACAGGAGCAGAGGUUAAGCCAUCCCAAGGGUUACAAGUGCCUGCAGGGAGAACACCAGCACAACAUGCAAAGAUUGGAGCCGUGGAAGCGGAAAGGGAAGAACAUCAUCACAGCUGGGAGAUGCCAAAGCACCAGGAGCUGCAGCUCUCAAAUGGAAAAUUGCUGGGCAAAGAAACAGGAGAUGAACAGUUGCUGCUGAAGGUUUGUGGCUGACAGAGCCAUGCUGCUGUUGUCCCGCUCAGGGAAGGCAGGCAGGAAGGCUCUCCUGGGAUAAUCAUCUCUUUCUCCAGGGAAGCUCCAGAGAUGUCAAAGUAGCUGUCAAAACAAGCAGCUUCAAGGUGACAAACAUUAAAUAAAACCUUUUGAAAAGGGCAUUAGGGGAAGUUACUGAAUAAAAGGGGGGAAAAUGAAAAGCAGAAAUUAAACAAGGUCUCCAAACACAAACCGACAUGGGUAAUGGAGGAAAUGCAACUCGGGGGUAUUUGCCAUAAGCCAUGCAGCAGAACUUUGGAAGAAUCCAGAAUUACUAAAUUUUAAUAUAUUAAAGCAAAAGAAAUACAGGGAUUUUCACUGAGGAAGUCAUAAAUAAAACCAGAAAAAAAACCUGACCAGCUGUAAAGGAGGUAGCAAUGAAAAGCUAAGUUUAUGCUAGAAAAAUGUGUACUGCUGCGAGCAAUAUAUGAGGAAAAUAACAUUGAGAAACCCGAUUUUUAAUAUAUAUUUUCAUGGCUGAAAGUGCAGAACUUGCUGACAGGCUGCAGGGGAGUGUGUACAGAUUAAUCUCAGUGUCUGUAAACUUUCAGGUAUGUGAUUGAGGAGCCACUGACACAGACUGACUGUGGUGUGAGCACUGGGGGUUGCAGCUCUUUAAUCUACAGGUACAGGAGGUUUGGAUUACUCUGAUUCUGAAAAAGACACUUCACCAGUUCCCAAAGGGCCUGUGAACCAUGUGAACCUGAACAGACCAUUGUACAGCACAUCAGAACAAAACAAUAAUGAUCAAGGAAGCCAAGUGAUCCAAAGUACCAGGACUGUCCUGUCAGAGCAGAACCAGAGAUUCAUUGGUGAAUGCAUUUGAGAACAGCUGAACUGAGCACAGGGACUCCAUUGCUCUGGGGAGAGCUGGGGGGGACAGGGGUACAAUGCAGGCUGCCCAUGGGCAGCAGGACAGGAGGGCAGGACAGCUGGGCCACUUUGGCUCAAGGCAGACUUUCACAUUGGUAAUUCUCCCCUUGGAAUAAGGAAGCUUUGCUUCCCUGAACGGAACAGCACUGCCAAAAGCACACAGGGUGGGAGGUGAAAACUCCACAGCCUGCCCUGAGCAGCCCAUGGAAUCAGAGGCUUUCCCUUCUGUCCACAGGGCAGCUGGUCAGGGGCAGGCUGGGAUCUGAAGUUACAGGUCUGGCCACUGACUGAGAGCUCCUCAAGCUGGCUGAGUUAGGACCCCCGUGGUCACAGCACGACACAUAAACCACUCCAGCACACGGUGCAGGCCAGCUCAGGGCACGGAAAUCCUCAUCCCAGCUUACCCUGCAUUCAGCUCUCCUGACAGAAAAGCUUUACAUCCUCAGCUAGACAAGGUAUAAAAGGAUUUCACUGCAAGGUAAGGACAAAAAAAAAAAA